GCUAAGCAAAGUUCAAAUACCCGUCAGUGGCGCUGACGCAGAGCUCAGAUGGCUAAGAGAGUGGUGCCGAGACAAGCACUGACAUUUCGUUGUUACCUUUUUGGCCAAAGUGGUUAACACAUUUACACACAAAACUGGGCUCAGUCAGCGCCUCACCUUUGUGACGGCUCUGUGUGUAAGAGCGGAUAUGCCAGCCAAGAGCGGCAAGAGUUGGAGUUGGCUCGAAACCAUGGCUCAAACCCGCGACCCAGACGUUUGUUACCUGCCCAAGCGAACGGACGACGCGAUCGCUUGGCUCAGUAGUCGGUCCGCUGGUCAGUUGUCGGUCGGUUCUGCCCUAUAGGGAACCGUCUCAAUUCGAAGCAAAGUGAAGCGAAUAUCUCGGUGAUUUUGUUAUUGUGCGUGAUUGCCGAAACCAAAUCAAAACAAAUUGAGCCCUCGCCAACCAGUUUGGAUAUUAUAACAACCGAGUUGCAAAAGGUGCGAUCACAAAUGAGGGGCGGGAUAAUCCCAAGAAAGCCAGAAUAAACACAACGUGAAAGAGGAAGCCAAGCAAAUUUACUCGAGAUAAUUCUGAGUAAUCCAUUGUUAGCCCAUCUAUUCUAGUUUAUUUUUUUUUUUGACUGUUGAAUAAAAAUCCACUGAGAGGAAAAUAAAUACAAGUAAUUUAAAAGAACACAAGUCUUGCUGAGAUAAAGUUCACUUAGAGGAUUUGCCAGCAUGAGACGUCGCAAAGUGCUCAUCUGCUGGGCUGCUCUGCAGGCGGGCAGCUCCAUCCUCACCUGCCUGCUCCUCCUGCUGACCACCGGGCAGCGGGCGCCUCAGGUGGCGGCCGGCAUUGUGCCACCGCCGUGGAGUGAUCCCACCAAGAAUCCAUGCGCCAGCAUGUCAGGUGGCUGGCAGCUUCUGUACUGGGCGCCACUGAAGAAGUGCUUCAAGAUCUUCACACUGGGCUAUCCGUGUCCGGAAACCAUGGAGCUGAGCCCAACGGCGGUGAGUGCCAAGCGGAAGGAUCUUCCGGCGGCCGAGUGCCGAUGUCCACCGGGCACAGCACUCAGUCCGCUGACCAACAAUGUCUGCUACAAUCUCUACGAACGGGGACCCUGCCAACCCGAGGAGUACUUCCAGCCCAUGCCGGAUCAGGCCAAGAGAUCAGGCAAUCGUUGGGGCACCUGCAAGCGACCACUGCACUGCCCGGAGGACAUGAUCUUCUGGCCGAAGGACAACAAGUGCUAUGCGAGGCACACCAAAGGUCCAUGCAGUCGUGGAAAACUGCUGGUUCGGAACGAGGACGGACUAGCUGAGUGCCGCUGCGAGAAUGAGGGCGAGCUGUCCUCGUUCUACUAUCCGGCGGAGGAGUCCUGCUACGAGCACUACACCAAAGGACCCUGCUCGACGCCGGGUCACAUCUUCUUGCCCGGCGGCCGAUGCGAUUGCCAGCGGCACUUGCCGCACUAUCAUCCUCCGCAGCAAAUGUGCUACGAGCUGGAUACCCCUGGACCCUGUCCACCUGGCCACAUCUUCCGCAUACCAGACGAUGUCCAGGAGACGACCGGCACUCCCCUGUUGCAGCUGUUGCCCCGUGCGCAGUGCCAGUGCAAGGAGGGCUAUGUGCCCUGGAGCGAUGGCAUCUGCUAUCGCCUGUACACACGGGGUCCCUGUGGCUCCAACGAGUUCCUGGUCAACGGGACCAGUUGUGUGCGCAACAUUUGCGGCAAGAAUCGUCUGUACUUUCCGGCAGAGGACUCUUGCUACAGGAUUGGAUCUCAAGGCCCCUGUGCGUUGCACCAAGUGGUGAUCUUUGACUUCACCGCCCGGCCGUCCAUCGAUGGCAUCUCCUACAACGGGAUGUGUGGCUGUUCGGGGGUGCUCACCAAUCUGGACCAGCAGUGCUCGGGUGAGGGAGCGAAUAGGGAGCAGAAUAUAUGCGAGUCCACGCCCGGAAUGGUGGAGAUCAAUGGGCGGUGCCACAAACUGUACAGUCGAGGACCCUGCGGUGCGGGUCAGUGGCUGGAGCCGCUGAAAACGCAAUCAUCGGAUGGCACCACUUCGAUUGUGGCCCAUGCCAGCCGGGCCAAGUGCGUCUGCCGGCCGGGCUACACGCCCACGGAGGCGGAUCAGCGCGGCAUGAGCAACUGCAGCGCGCCGAGUGUCAGUUUGGCGAGGUAUUUAACCAACGAGCGACUCAACUCAAAGUUCCUCAAUGAUCUGCACCUUGGUGGGGCCAUCUAAACACCCCCCAAAUCUUCAAGCUAUCCUCUAUCUGGUUGUGAUGACUCCUAUACUCCCACACACCCACUUGGCAUGACUCCCUACUCCAAUCUAUUCUAUCCCCUCUUCUCUGUUUUGUGUUUUCUGUUUGCAUGCUGAGUGUUAUUUGAUCGCUACGAUCACUUGUUAUUCAAUUAACCAUUUUGUUCUCUUUUAGGUGGUUUUUAGAAAUAUUCGGUUAACGUGUUCGAUAAGAUGAGAUUGUGCCAUGAAUGUAUUACAUCGACUUGUGUACGAGUUGUAUUUAAGGGAACUCCCGAUAAGGCAAAUAAAACAAUGUGAAAGAC